GUUGAUAUAGUUUCAGUGUUUUUGACAAUGACGUGGUUGUCAUUGAUUCUCCUCGGAUUUUUUCUUAAAAACAAAUACAAUAUCGAGCCUAUAUCUGUAAUUGCGAACGUCAACUAAUCGAGAAGACAAAGCGCUUGUGAAUGGCUUGAAUUUGAACGGCAUACGAAAUAAUCUGUAUUAAUAAUUCAAGCGGAAGGUUAAUAGUUUGUGUGAAAUGUUGCGAAGGCAGCAUUUAUUAUCGGUCUGUACUUGGUACACAUUUCUAUUGAUUGUCGUAACAUGUAAUGAGUACAAGGGAUUUGACGACACAGUUUUAUUCAAAAUCAAUUGGCCAGGCGCUGAUGAAAAGCUAUUGAAAGAGACUGCAGCAGAAAAUCUCGAAUCAAUUGUGAUGACAACACAUCACAAAGAGAAGUACAAAUGUUUGCUACCGAAUAUUGAGGAGCCAGAAGCGGAAAAGGAGACGAAAUAUGAUGGUUUGGCGCCAUUGGAAUUAGUUUCGACACUCUUUUCGUCGGCAACUUGUUCGUACCGAAUCGAAAGCUACUGGACGUAUGAAGUGUGCCAUGGCAAUUAUGUAAAGCAAUUUCAUGAAGAACGCGAAGGUAAAUCGAUCAAGGUGCAGGAGUACUAUUUGGGAAAAUGGACCAAGGAUAAAACUGAGGAGCUCAGUCAGAAAUUGGCGGAUGCCGAGAAAAGAGGCGAAAAGUACAAAACAAUUCGAAUUGAUGGCGUGAAUUUACCGUAUUUGGAAAUUGAAAUGAGCGAUGGGACCUUUUGUGAUCUCAAUGGCGAACAUCGAAUUACAAAUGUUCAAUACGUUUGCUAUCCGCAUGGCAAAAAUGAGGUCUACUCAUUGAAAGAGACGGCAACGUGCAACUAUGAGGUUGUCAUUCUAACACCGACCCUUUGUGUUCAUCCAAGCUUCAAUCCAAAAGAAACCAAUGACAACGCAAUCAACUGCUUCCCUCUAAAUGAUGCACCACCCAAGCCUAGAAGCAUGCUCAUGAUGGAAGUGGAGAAUAUGAAGAAAAUUCUGGAAGUAUCCAAAAACCAUAAUACCCCACGAGUUUCAGUAGUUAAAAUAAAUAAGGAUGGAACUUUGAAAUCAGACAUUUUGUCCAAUGAUAUGAUCCCAGACAUCAGCAAAGUCAUCGCUGAAUCGCUAGCUGGUGAUAAAGAUGAUGCGACAUCAUCGACGCCACCGAAAACACCGUUGCUUCAAACCAAAGUUGAUAAUAAUUUAUCACCGGUUCUCGAUUUUCUCGAAGGGAAAAAUUGCUUGACUGGCGGAACCGGUUGGUGGAAGUAUGAGUUUUGUUACGGUCGUUACGUGCGCCAGUUCCACAUCGAUAAAAAUGGCGAGACCUCGCUGAUGCUGGGUCAUUUCAAUGAAGAUGCGCACAAAGAAUGGUUGAAAGAAAACCCACAGAAACGUCCGAAAAAGAUUGGUGUUCGCACACAAAUCACGCACCACUACCAAGGCGGUACAACCUGUGAUGAAACGGGCGAGAAGCGUCAAACCGAAGUCCAGUUGAAAUGCUUGGAAAAUUCAACAUCAAUGUCAAAAGUGUCGCUUUUUUUGAUGGAACCGAAAAUUUGCCAUUACAUUCUAGGCGUGGAAUCGCCGCUCAUCUGUGAAAUCAUCGAAAAAGCCGACGAAGACGGUCUAAUCACACGAAAGUCCGUCGAAGCAUCCGGCGAAGGAAAUUCUGCAUCUGAAUCAGAAAUCAAAGAAAGCUUUGAAACGACAUUCAAUUGAUCUUGAGAGAGAGAGAGAGAGA